AUGCUAUUCUCGUGGUGGAAGCGAAAUGUCGCGCUCAACACGUUCGCCUACACGUCAUUCAUUUUGGGCCUUGCAUCAACCAUCACGGGCACCUACGUUACCUACCAACUUCAGCACAUCGGCUUCCUUAUUGGCACAGACCUCGAUGGCGGGUCGUGCCUCACAUACUGUAUCGUGCCCUGGGGCGGCAAGCGGCUCGAUCUGAACUCGGUCCUGCUCUACCUGAGCGCGAUGCAGACUGGGCUUGGUGGAUUUGUCGCCAUCUUCGUUGUUGCUUAUGCGGACUUUUGGAAACACAAGAGCCUCCUCCUGCCAAUUUUCAUGGUCGUAUACGGUGCAUUGGGUAUACCCAGCUAUUGGCUGACUGCCCCGACGCUCGCCAACUUUAACACGCUCUUCGCAAUCUUUGUCGUCUAUGGAGUUAUAACGGUUAUAUUCAUGGCCUUGCUCAACGUCUACAUCCCCCACUACAUGCGGUCCGCCAACGAGUCGGUGUCUGCGAGUCCCAGCAUGCAGCGCAAAAUGGGUUUCGUUAUUUCGUCAAUUGGGAUGGUGUUCAGCAACAUCUCAGGUGUAAUCAUGCUUGGCGUUAUCGCACUCUUAUCUGCAUACCUUCCCACUGCAGAACAACAAUCUGCUGGCCUGCUGGUGACGACAAUUGUGGGAUUUAUCACCGUUGUCGCUGCGUUGGGCUCCUACUUGGGUCUUCCCACACUCCCGGCCCGCGCUCCGCCAGCUGACGAUGGCCCGUUAUGGAAGUCGGCCGUGCUCGAGCUUUUGACGCCCUUUCGCAAACUGCUUCAUGCGCCAAACAUGCUCAUCUUGCUUCUAGCCUACACGAUCUAUACCGACACCCAGUUCGCGCUCAUCAGCAUCAUCAACCAGUUGUUUUUCGUCACCCUCGCGCCCAACACCCUGGAAUACACCCUCUUCACCCUUGCCGGCCAGGCAUUUGUCAUCAUAGCCACCCUCGCAUUGGUCUGGGUCCAGCGUGUAUGGGGGAAGAAGUUGAACCUCGAGCGAUGCCUUCUCGUGGGCUACGCGAUGCUCCUGGUCGUGCCCGUCUGGUGCUGCAUCGGGAUGUCGCACCAAAAUGCCUUUGGUAACAAACACCGCUGGGAGUUCUACGUCCAGCAACUGCUGAUGAACACGUCGUCCGCCAUCGUCAACGUGGUCUUCCGCAUCCUCUACGCCGAGUUCAUUCCCGCCGGGGAGGAGGUCAUGUGGUAUGGCCUGCAGAUUGUCGUGAGCUGUGCGACAACCUGGGUCACAUAUGUCGCAACUGGACCCCUCCAGAACGCCACACACGACCUGCGCUUCCCCGUCGUGCUCUGUUUGGUGUUCUUGGCCUUCCCUGUGGCACUUGAGGUCGUGCGAGUCACGGUACCCAGAUUUCGCAAGGCCGAGAAAAGCGAAGUUUUGGAAGACGCACAGAAGACGAAAACUAGUGAGGAGUCAACGUGUAAUUAUUAUUAG